AUGACCGGCCUUGUGUGUUUUGGGGCGAGUGUGGUUGAUUGCAGGGAGAGGGACGCAUUGGGGAUAGAGAGCGAGGAGGAGGACGAGGAGGAAGAAGAUGAGGAAGGGGAGGAGGGGAGUGAAGAGGAGGAGGAGAAGAACGAGGCAGGCGAGUCAGAUCCAGAAGCAGACGGGGAAAAAGGGGAUGCAGAUGAGGAUGAGGAAGAGGAUGGGGAUGAGGAAAAGGAUGUGGGACGGUCUGUUGGUGCUUCUGGAGUGAGAGUAGAUGAUGGUAGUGAUGGUGAAGAGGAGGAAGGGGAACCAGAGGAAAGUGAAGAGGAGGGAGUGGAUGAGGAGGAGGAGGAGGAAACUGGAGCCCAGCCCAUUCGCCCAGCAGCGCAUGGAGCACAGCACAUGCUCACUCCACAGGAGCUCCUCUCGCUGCAAGGCCCAGUGGCUCCGGUGGUGCAGGGAGCUGCACGGCGUUCAAAUUGUCUCACUCUCCCCCUUCCCCUGACUGCCCCUCUCACACGCGCCCCCAGCCCAUUCGCCCAGCGCAUGGAGCACAUGCUCUCGCCACAGGAGCUCCUCUCGCUGGGAGGCUCUGCUGACGCCGCUGCUGCUACUGCCUCUGCUGCUGCUGCUGUUGCUGCGGCUGCUGCUGCUGCAGGAAGGAAAGGCAAGGCCAAGGGCAGUGGCAGUGGCGCUGGCAGGUCCGGUGGCUUGGGCGGUGCAGGGGGCGGCAAGCCACUCAAGUUUUCGUAUGAAUGGCCGGCGAUGGGUGUCCCGGGCAGCAAGUGGGUGGCUGACCAUGCACUGCCUUGGACGGCCGCUGCUGUGGAUAAGGACGAAGAUAAGGAAAAGGAUAAGGAUAAGGGUAAAGAAAAAGGCACGGUCAAGGGUAAGGAUAAGGCGAAGAGUAAAGAAAAGGACAAGGAGCAGGAGGAGGAGGUUGUGGAUGCGUGGGAGGGGUUCAAGGGGCGGUUGAAGGAGCAUUGGGGGAGAGUGGUGGAGGAGGAUUAUGCACCGCUGCUGAGAGUGAAGCAGGGGGGCGGAGACAGCAGCAACAGCGAUAAUAAGGCUGCUAAAAGCAGCAGGAGCAACGUGAAUGGGGACAGUGAGGGGGCUGGGAAGCGGAAGAGGGGGAAGAAGGGGCUGGCAGCCACAGCAGGGGAUGGAUCGGUGGAUGGAUCGGCUGAUGGCCCGUCGCCAGAGGAAGCAGCCCUUGGGAUGUUGGGAUCAAGCAAUGAUGGGUUUGCGAGCGACCAUCAGCGCCAGUUCUUCUCCCUCUGCACGUCAUACUCAGAUGUGCUGCAUUCGCGCCGCCCCUGCGCCCAGUCUAAGUUCGGCUCGCCGCUGGACGCACAGGCCCUCACCGAUGCCUACCUGCUGCACGCUCUGAACCAUGUGUUUCACACCCGCGACCGCAUCACCAAGAACAACGACAAGCUCAAUCGAGCCUCUGCUGCUGCUGUUGCUGCAGCUGACGCUGCUGAUGCCGCCGCUGGUACAAGUGGGAAGAAGAGGAGUAAAGGUGGUGGGGAGAAAGGGAGCAGUCAGGGGGGUAAUGCAGCAGAUACAGCUGUUGCAAGCUUAGAAGCAAGGGAACAGGGGAAGGGGAAAGAAGAGAGGGAAAAGGAGGCGGAGGCGAAGGAGGAGGGGGGGCAAGCGGAGGAAGGUGGGAAGGGCGGGGAGAUGGAGGAAGAAGGGACGGCGAGUGUGCUUUUCAAAAAGGGAGGAAAAGGAGGGAAGCGAGAGAGGAAGGGGCCAGGCGGAGGAGUGGUGGAUGGGAAGGAGUUGGUGGAGGUGGAAAGUAUCCCCAGGGACCAGGGUUUUACUCGCCCUAAAGUGCUCGUCCUACUGCCCAAGGAGCGGGUGGAAGGGAAGGAGCGGGUGGAAGGAAAGGAGCGGGUGGAAGGGAAGGAGCGGGUGGAAGGAAAGGAGCGGGUGGAAGGGAAGGAGCGGGUGGAAGGAAAGGAGCGGGUAGCAGUAGAGCAUUUGGAUCGCUUCCUGGCUGAGUUUGGAGAGGAUGAGAGCGUUGAGGAGGAGAGUGAGGAGGAGGACGAGGAGGAGAGGAGAAAGGCGAGGGAGAGGAAGAGGAGAAAGCAGCAGCAGCAGGUGGGCCGUGGGUUGUCAUGGGAAGCAGAGGAAGUGGAAGAUGGAGGUGAGGAGGAAGGAGGAGGAAGUAGAGGAGAAGGUGGGGAUGAGGGUGAAGCAGCAGCGGCAGUGCUACGGAAGGGGCUGAAGCCGGUGGAUCACCGAGCCAUGUUUGCCGGCAACAAUGACGACCACUUCCGACUCGGCAUCAAGUUCACCAAGUAUGUGGGGGCUGGAGCCGGCAACAACGACGACCACUUCCGCCUCGGCAUCAAGUUCAUUAAAAAAGCAGUCAAUCUCUACAUGGACGUCUACCAGUCGGACAUCAUCGUUGCCUCGCCCAUCGUACCCCAUCGUAUCUUCUAUUCCAUCCACCCCCCCCAUCCCCCUCCCAUCCCCCUGCCCAUCACCCACCUAUCCCCCGCCCAUCCCCCUGCCCAUCCCCCACCCAUCCACCACCCAUCAUCCACCCACCAUCCCAGGAAGGCAGUCAAGCUCUACACGGAUUUCUACCAGUCCGACAUCAUCGUAGCCUCGCCCAUCGUACCCCACCCCAUCUCCUGUUCCCUCAAGCUCUACACGGACUUUUACCAGUCGGACAUCAUCGUAGCCUCGCCCAUCGGCCUUGUCACCAAGCUGGGCGAGGCUAUGGAGGACAGUGAAAAGGACAUGGACUUCCUCUCCUCCAUUGAGAUUGUCAUCGUGGACCAAGCUGACGUCAUUCUCAUGCAGAACUGGGCGCACGUGGAGGCGGUGUUUGCGCAGCUCAACAAGCUGCCGGUGAAGCAGCACGGCACUGACUUCAUGCGCGUGCGCGAGUGGUAUCUGAACGGGUGGGCGGGGCACUACAGGCAGUCCAUUGUUCUCUCCGCCUUCUCCCACCCCUCCAUCAACGCUCUCUUUCACCGGUCCUGCUGCAACUUCUCAGGCAAGGUGAAGCUUCGAUCUGAGUACGCGGGGGUGCUGGCGCUGGUGGUACCGCAGGUGCAGCAGGUGUUUGACCGCGUUGACUGCAGUGCCAUCACAGCAGCAGCAGAGGCGCGCUUCCAGUUCUUCGUCUCCACCAUCUUCCCGCGCCUCCGCGACUCCGUCCAGGGGGGCGUGCUGGUGUACACGCAGUCCUACUUUGAGUUUGUGCGCCUCCGAAACUUCUUCAAGCAGGAGAACCUCUCCUUCUGCCUCCUCUCCGAGUACACGGACGAGCGCAACGUGCACCGGGCGAGGGCGUGGUUCUUCCAGAACCGGCGGCGCAUCAUGCUGUACUCGGAGCGAUCGCACUUCUACCAUCGUUACCGGGUCGGUACCCACGCCCACCCCACUCACUUGCUGCUUUAA